AUGUUUUCCUUCUUGACCUGCCACCGUCGCCGAAGCAAGGGACAGCCGCAGCUCUCCUGGAAGCAAAUUGAGGACGCCGCCCAUGACCUCGAGUCGCGGCCCUCCUGGACCGCCCCCGACAAUACCCUGUUGAUGCAGGCAUUUGAAUGGCACGUCCCGGACGACAAAGCCCAUUGGCGUCGGCUGCAGCAUGCCCUCCCGGGGUUACAGGCCAUUGGCGUCGACCAUAUCUGGAUCCCGCCCGGAUGUAAAGCCAUGAAUCCGUCCGGAAACGGCUAUGACAUCUAUGACUUGUAUGACCUCGGCGAGUUCGAUCAGAAAGGCGCGCGCACUACCAAAUGGGGUACCCGUCAGGAGCUGGAGGAGCUCGUGGCCCAUGCGCAGGCCCUGGGGGUUGGGGUCUACUGGGAUGCGGUCCUUAAUCACAAGGCGGGUGCGGAUUACCCGGAGCGGUUUAAAGCGGUGAAAGUCGAUCCGAAACGACGAGAUGUCGAGAUCUCCGACCCCGUCGAGGUCCACGGCUGGGUGGGGUUUAAUUUCGAGGGUCGAGGCGAUCAGUACAGUUCGCUGAAGUAUCACUGGCAGCAUUUCAGUGGUGUGGACUGGGAUGAUACGCGGCAGGAAAACGCCAUCUACAAGAUUUGCGGUCCGAAUAAGGGCUGGGCCUCGGAUGUCGGCCAGGAUAAUGGCAACUACGACUAUCUGAUGUUCGCUGACCUGGAUUACUCGCACCCUGAGGUCCGCGAGGAUGUCUUGCGAUGGGGAACGUGGUUGCAGUCGGUCGUGCCGCUGAAGGGGAUGCGUCUGGAUGCAGCGAAGCACUUCUCAACGGGCUUCCAGAAGGAGUUUAUCGACCAUAUGCGCCAGACGGCCGAGGGCAAGUUCUUUGUGAUUGGGGAGUACUGGUCAUCGGACGUGCGGACGUUGGUCCGGUACCUCGAGGAGAUGGAGUAUCGCGUGUCGGCCGUGGAUGUGCCGCUCGUGGAGAACUUUUCGCGCAUGUCCAAGGCGCGAGGGGCGGAUUUGCGCCAGGUGUUCCAGGGGACGUUGGUGCAGAGCAAGCCUGAUUAUGCGUUGACAUUCGUUGCGAAUCAUGAUACGCAACCCGGACAAAUGCUCGAGAAUGUGGUCGAACCGUCCUUCAAACCGCUGGCGUAUGCCCUCAUCUUGCUCCGCCAAGGCGGCACCCCGUGUGUGUUUUACGGUGACCUGUACGGCAUCAACCACGGCGCGCACCCGAUGACGCCCGCCUGCGAGGGCAAGCUCCCGAUCCUGAUGCAAGCGCGCAAAUUAUAUGCAUACGGCGAACAACAAGACUAUUUCGACCAGCCCAACUGCGUGGGCUUCGUCCGCUACGGCAACGCAACCCACCCCUCCGGCCUAGCCUGCGUGCUGAGCACCGGAGGCCCCGCCCAGAAACGCAUGUACGUCGGACGGCGACACGCGGGCGAGCAAUGGACGGAUCUCCUCCGCCGGCAGCCCGGGGCGGACGAUCCGCCAGGGGCCACCACGGUGACCAUCGACGCGGCGGGCUAUGGGGUGUUUCCAGUGCCGGGCCAGGUGAGCGUUUGGGUCAACGGGACGGCACCUGGCCGAGACCAGAUGCACCAAGUACCAUUGUAA